AUGGCGCCCUCAAGAAUCUCGCCAGACCCGCCCACAGAAACACCCAGUAUUGGUCUCACGCCCAAACAGGUCGCCUCAUUCCAGCGCGAUGGCUACCUAAUAAUACCCUCAUACCUCUCACGCGAGACAUGCCAGACCCUUCUCUCCAGAACACAUCAACUACUCACCGAGUUCCCCCUGGAGGAGCACCCGAUGACCCGGUUCACCACGGGGACGGACUCGACGGGCAAGCCGACAGAGAAAAAGCACGUGGGGGACGACUACUUUUUGACGUCGGGGGACAAAGUGCGCUUCUUCUUCGAGGAGGACGCCUUUGAUCCGGAGAGUGGCACGCUGAACAAGCCGAAAGAAAAGGCCAUCAACAAGAUCGGACACAACCUGCACGGCCUGGUGCCCGAGUUUGCGCAAGUGUCGCACACGGGCGAGAUUGGAAGGCGCAACGCGCAGAUCGCGCGCGACUUGGGAUACAAAGACCCGCGGCUAUUGCAGAGCAUGGUGAUUUGCAAGCAGCCCGAGAUUGGCGGAGCGGUGCCGCCGCACCAGGACAGUUCGUUCCUGUACACCUCACCCCCCUCGGCCGUGGGGUUCUGGAUCGCGUUGGAGGACGCCACCGUCGAAAACGGGUGUCUUUCUUUCGCGCCGGGCAGCCACCGGCGUGCACCUAUUCGCGACCGGUUCGUGCGCAAGCAGCCCGACGGGUCGGAGGGGACGACGUUUGAAAGCGUGCCCACGGAGGAAGGGCGGUGGCCGCGAGACUUUGAGCACGAGGCGGACGUGGGGGAGAAGGAUGAGGAGGAGGAAUACGUCCUCGGUGAAGUCGAGGCCGGCAGUCUGGUCCUCAUCCACGGCAACAUCCUGCACAAAUCCGAGAAGAACACGUCCCAAAAGGGCCGCAUCAUCUACACGUUCCACCUGAUCGAGGGCGAGGAAACCUACGACGACAAGAACUGGUUACAGAUUCCCGGCGGACCGCAGGCGUUUACGAGGCUGGAUGGGAAGGUAUAG